UGAGCCUUGAGCGAAAAUAAUUUUUUUUUCUUAGUUACUUGAACUUAAAACUAAUUUUAUUAAAUUUCAUUUUCGAAUUUUGAGUUCUGAAAUUCAAAAAUUCCAACGCAAUUUCCAUAAUCAUUUGAAUUUAUCUUACGACAAUCCAACAGAAGAUCAUAAGACGCCAUUGGUGGGCUCUCAAAGGAAAAGCGACAACAGCGCCUCAAACGCAGUCUGCCGACAGUUUAGUUGUUGGGGGAAUUUGAAGGAAAGUGCACUUUUUCUGUACGUGGUGGAAUUGUUUUAAUUUCUCUGUUUUCUCCGCGAGUUGUGCGUUCCCGGACACAUCCCAGCCUUGCUGCCAUGUCGUCGGACUCAGUGAAGAGCUUCUCCAGCCUCGAGACGCCCGGAUAUGUGGGCUUCGCCAAUCUGCCCAACCAGGUGCACCGGAAGUCCGUGAAGAAGGGCUUCGAGUUCACACUGAUGGUCGUGGGCGAGUCCGGUCUGGGCAAGUCCACGCUGGUCAACAGUCUCUUCCUCACGGACCUGUAUCCGGAGCGCGUGAUCCCGGACGCGGUGGAGAAGCAGAAGCAGACGGUGAAGUUGGACGCGUCCACGGUGGAGAUCGAGGAGCGCGGCGUGAAGCUGCGACUCACUGUUGUGGACACUCCGGGCUUCGGCGAUGCCAUCGACAACAGCGACAGCUUCAGUGCAAUCCUGGAGUACAUCGACGAGCAGUACGAGCGCUUCCUGCGCGACGAGAGCGGUCUGAAUCGGCGCAAUAUCGUGGACAAUCGCAUCCACUGCUGCUUCUACUUCAUCUCGCCCUUCGGACACGGGCUGAAGCCGCUGGACAUUGAGUUCAUGAAGAAGCUCCACUCCAAAGUCAACAUCGUGCCCGUGAUCGCCAAGGCGGACUGUCUGACGAAGAAGGAGAUCCAGCGCCUCAAGUGCCGCAUCCUGCAAGAGAUCGAGGAGAACGGCAUCAAGAUCUACCCACUGCCGGACUGCGACAGCGACGAGGACGAGGACUACAAGGAGCAGGUGAGGCAGCUGAAGGAGGCCGUGCCGUUCGCCGUGUGCGGCGCCACGACGCUGCUGGAGGUGAAGGGACGCAAGGUGCGCGGCCGCCUCUAUCCCUGGGGCGUGGUUGAGGUGGAGAAUCCUGACCACUGCGACUUCAUCAAGCUGAGAACGAUGCUCAUAACACACAUGCAGGACCUCCAGGAAGUGACGCAGGAGGUUCACUACGAAAACUACAGAUCUGAGAGACUGGCCAAAGGCGUGAAGCGCAAUAACGGCGUUGCCAAAGACGAGGACGUGGUCAUCACGGACAAGGAUCGCAUAUUGCAGGAAAAGGAGGCCGAGCUGCAGCGCAUCCAGGAGGAAUUGGCGCGCAUGCAGGCCAAAAUCAAAGCUCAGCAGUGAACAUUUAUGCAUGCAUUAACAUUUCUUUUCCCGCAUCUUUUCGUACUUUCCGCGCACACACACCAAUUCUGGCACAUUCCACAGCAUUUGGUGGACUUUUCCAAUACUUAUUUCCCGCAAUAUUACUUCGAAGCCGAACGCGAUGAGUGGAGAGAUUAUUUUUAUAAGGGAAUUUUUAUAGAGAAAAGGGAGGAAAAUUCGUAGAGUACUUAAAACUUAAGUGCGUUAUAUAUAUACUCCAUUUUCAUCAUAUCUUAUUGUCUUUAGUGCAUUUAUUGGACGCAACUUUUAAAUGUAAAUGAUAUUUGAGAGCCAAUUUCACUUUGUGAUUCUGAUCACGCAAUAUUAUUCUCAAUAAAGUGAAAUUUUCAAAUUGAUGACAUUUCUUCGACGGAACGGCA